AUGAAAAAAAAUAUGUUUAAAAUUAUAAAAAAACUAAUUUCGUUUUUUAUAUGUUUAUAUAAUUUGUAUAAAUUUAUUUUCUUUAAUUGUUUUGUAGGUAAGCAAUUGACCUAUCAAGCUGAAAUAUCAAGUACUAAGUCAAAUGACGAGUUCGAACUUAUUAAUCAGAAACAUAAUUCAAUAGUGACCGUAUCUGUAAAAGAUACAAAUAAGGAUAAAGCCAAAAGUCUAUACGAAAAUAAACGUAGAGCAGAGAAAAUUAAAAAUGAACAACACUUGAAAAAAAUAACCAACACACUUCCAAGCGACGAGCCGAUCGUGAAAUUAAAAAAUGUCGAUAGUAUUCUUGAAAAAAGUGUUUUUGAUUUGGAACCAGAGGAUUGGGACAUCUUGUACUUAGAAAUGUCGAAACACAUUAAAGCCAAGCCUGAUAUUCUGUGUUAA